UCGGUCAUUCCCUAGGCUGAUUAUCAGACGCAGUACAUGGCCACUGGCGCGGAGCGUGUCGCACGUAGGUAAUUUCGGUACCUUUGAUGCUCACAUGAAGACUGCCAUCCACCCGACACCAUGAAGCGGGUACGACAUUUUCUCGCAGCUGCGCUCGUCCUGCUGGGACUCGUGUACUUCUUCACACAGCAUGAGUCGAUGUCACUAGGCGCCGAACCGGCUAAAUCGCAGAAUGGGUUACCAACAAACACUCAUGCACACGACUUGCCUGAAGAAGAUGCAAGUCACGAGGUACCUGCAUCGGACAAGCUACCGCCGAGCUCGACUCAUGCGGCAUCUGGCGAUGUACCAAAUCUUACAGGGUCAGGUGACACUCCCUCAACAGCGACCGGUGACGAAGGCUCGGCAGGCAUCGGCUUCGACUUCCAAAAAGACCUCAACCUUGAGCUUCCCAUUGACACCUUCAAAGACCUAAGCAAGCAUGCACCACAGAACUACGGCCCCAGUGGUGACCCAUCCUACACCUACGCGACCUUCUUCGCGUCUCGCAACCCUUCAAUUGAGGACCCCUAUUACCUCGCUAUUCACUCUUUGAUCUAUCGCAUUCUCUGGUCGCCUCGUUCAAGAUCCUCUUCGCACCCCUUUGUCGUUUUCGUCGGGGAAUGGGUCUCUCCAGAGCAACGCCAACUUCUCUCCGGCGCAGGCGCACUCGUCCGCGAACUAGCACCCCUACCCUGGGACCCGCCCGACCCAGCGGUGCUCGACAGAUGGAAAGACCUCUUCGCCAAACUGCACAUGUGGAACGAAACCUCCUUCAGCCGCAUCUUGUUCCUCGACGCGGACGCGCUCCCCAUCGCGCCUAUCGAUGACAUGUUCGAGCUCAAGGAAGAGUGGAAAUGCAUCGAGACGAAGAUGCAACUCGACGACUUCUUACCAGGGGGUGACGGCGUGUGUGAGCGCUACAUCUUCUCCGGCGUACCCGCAGACCCUUACUCGAUAUUCGACGCCAAUAUCAACGUCGGAAGCAUGGUAUUCACGCCCAACGCGCGACAGCACCGGCGGCUGCUGCAGAAUUACUUGAAGUUUGACAAGUACGAUGUCAAGAUGGCUGAGCAGGCAUUUCUGAACUGGCAGUUCGGUGUCAAUAGCGCGUAUCCGCCUGGGAUGCUGGAGAGGGAGUAUGGUGCGUUUUUCCCGGAUGAGAAGGGGGAAAGGGGGAUGAAGGUCGUGCAUGAGAAAAUUUGGGCGGCGAGAGGCGGGUUCUGGAAGGAUGAGUGGGAGGGUACAUGGAAGGAGAUGCUGAAGUUUUAUCGGAGUGAGGAGUUCAUGGCGGCGAGAGCGGCAGGUGGUGUCAGUCCAGGGUCAACGAGCCAGGGGUCGGGAUAGAUAUCGAUGAUGGGCCAAUAUAUACCACAGUAAGGCAAUGUUGAUGUGAAUAGCUAUGCAAAUGUACAUGC